AUGGCACAAGCAAAAUUCAACCUAAGAUGUUGGCAAUAUUCGAACGAUAAAAACCCUGAAGUCAAAACAAAUCUUUUAGGAUUGAUUUGGAACCGAGAAACGGAUACAAUUAAAUUGAGUUUGAAUUGGGUAGAAGACCAACAUUUUGACAAAAUCACUAAACGAGUGAUUCUAGCUGUUACACACAAAGUGUUUGAUCCAGUGGGUUUUGUGAGUCCAGUUCUCCUUCUACCUAAGCUGAUGUUGCAAGACUUGUGGAAAUCUGGAAUAUCCUGGGAUGCAGAUGUAGACGAAAAUAUGAAAGAAAAAUUUCUUCAUUGGUUUGAAGACCUCUGUCUGCUAAAAGAAGUCUCAAUUCCACGAUGGGUGCAGUGCCAUGAAAAGAAUAAGAAGUCUUGUAGCAUCCACACGUUUUGUGAUGCCAGCGGGCGUGCCUAUGCUGCUACGGUAUUUUUAAGAAUCCAGUCGGACACAGAGGUCGAGGUUCACUUAUUAGCUUCGAAAUCCAGAGUGGCUCCUGCCAAGCAAAUAACUAUACCUCAUCUUGAAUUGAUUGCUGCCACUGUUGGAGCAAGACUAUGCACAUCAGUUUUAGAAAGUUUGCAAUGGCAGAAUGUUGAACUUACAUUUUGGACAUACUCGACUGUUGUCUUGUCUUGGAUACAAAAAGGAGAAAUAUGGACAGUUUUCGUGGCUAACAGAGUACGUGAAAUAAGGAAGUUAACAAAGCCAAAUUCAUGGAAAUUUGUGAAAGGAGUAAAGAAUCCAGCCGAUCUUCCUUCCAGGGCUGCUCAGCUAAACAACUGCUGGCGAUGA